UCACCUUCCAGCCGCCAGCGGCAGCACUGAGGAGGACGUCUGCUCCGUGUUCGCUGGCCUCACCUGGACGUCAUCGCUGUAAGGUGUGUUUUCGGUCAUUUAACGGCGCCUGACAUCGGCGUGAAUUCACCUGACGCGCCGCGGAGAAGCUCCGCUUUCCGGUCAGAUACGAGGCGUAAUUCGCUGUAGAGGACGGAGAUGGCUGCGGUGGCCGGAGCAGCUGUCCGGGACGGGUCUCAGAGCAGGACGCCUGCAUCGAGCGGAGCCGACGGAGCUCCGCUCCCGUGAUAGCACCUGAGAGGCCUGGACUCUGGGGACAGGAAGCAGACCUGUCCCAGACCACCUGAGAGGCCAGAAGCUGAGCUCUGUCUGAAUAUUUAAACUGGGGUCCACAGUCACCUGGUGUCAUCAGGACGGAGCCUUCAGGAACUCCGUGUCUUUACUGUCCGUCUCCCAGUCCAGCUCUGAGAUCCAGUGACGUGAGACCUUACCAGGAGCAUGCUCAGUGCUGUGGUCAGACUUAGGCCAGAUCAGGACACGAGGGUCAGGACACUGACUGAUGUGUGGUGGUUCUGGUUCCAGAGGCCUUGAGGAGAGCCGUCCUCCUGCAGACCGAGCAGAGGAUGAGGAGAUGAACGGAGUGACAGUGGAAGCAGAGCGAAGAGGAGAGGACUGUCAGCAGCUUCCUGCUCAAGGCGAGGACGCUGAGACGCCAUGUGCACCACAGGAACCUGCAUCAACACAGAGCGCCCGUCAGUCAAAACGCUGUCACCGCUGUCCAGUGUGCGGCAGGGAGUUUUCUCGUCCGUCUCGGCUGGCGGACCACAUGAGUGCGCACUCAGGCGACAAACCGUACAGCUGCUCCGUGUGUGGGAAGCGCUUCACGAAGAAGAUAAAUGUGGUGGUGCAUCAGCGGGUUCACACCGGUGAGAGGCCGUACUCGUGUCCGGACUGCGGGGUCAGCUACGCCCAGCUGGGCUGCCUGCGGAGGCACCGGCUCCGACACGCCGCAGAGAAGCCCCACCACUGCUCGGUGUGCGGGCGAGGAUUCAUUCAGCGGCGUCACCUCGUACAACACGAGCGCACGCACACCGGAGAGAGGCCGUUCUCCUGCCCGCUGUGCCCCAAACGCUUCGCCUCCAGGACGGGCCUCACCGAUCACCAGAAAACCCACAAGGAGGAGAACCAGCUCUCCUGCUCGUUCUGUGAGAAGGUGUUCUCCACCCCGUCGUCCUUCAGGGAUCAUGUGAGGCUCCACACGGGACUGAAACCCCACCCCUGCUCUCUGUGCUGCAAGAGCUUCAACCGGCCGGGCCUGCUGAGGAAACACCUGCAGAAACACGCAGAGGAAGAACACGUGCUUCGAGCAGAAGAUGCUGCGAGCAGGGAGACGCCUCAUCGCUGCUUCCUGUGCCACAAAGAUUUCUCCACUGCUGAGAAGCUGCAGCAGCACAAGCAGCUCCACCAGAGGGCGCUGCGGUUUGUCUGCGACGUCUGCGGCCGAGGCUUCAGCAGAGCGUCCCGGCUGAAGGAGCAUGUGAGGUCUCACACCGGAGAAAGACCGUUCCAGUGCGACGUCUGCAAGAAGCGAUUCUCCAUGCAGAGAGUGUUCAGGAAGCACCAGGAGAUCCACAGCAGGGAGCGACACGGCGCCGCCACAGCUCCAGGCGGCUCAGCGCCAUCAGGGCACCACCGCCAGGUGAUGUCAGCAGGUGGCGAUGGCGAGAACGAGCUGCAGGAGCCGAAGGUCGAGCACAGAAACGACGACAGAGAGGACGCGGUGCCUUCACUGCCUGAAGAGAGUCUCUCUGGUAUGAAGAAGCUUCACAGCUGCUCCGUCUGUGGGAAGAGCUACCCGAGGCCGUCCAGGCUCAAAGAGCACUCCAAGAUCCACGUGACGGAGAAGCUGCACCGAUGCUCGGUGUGUGAGAAGGCCUUCGCCACCGCCGCCAGCCUGAGAGCGCACGAGAAGAUCCACAUGGCCGACAAACCCCACCCCUGCAGCAUCUGCCCCAAGAGCUUCCUGAGGCCCUGCCUGCUCCGCAAACACAUGAAGAUCCACAUCAGAGACGGGCUCAUCGCUGAACCCGCCGACAAGGAGUUCUGGUUCAACAUGCAGACUGUGGAGGAGGAGGAGGAGGAGGAGGAAGGCCUGGAUGAGCAGAAUCUAAUGAUCCUCCAGGACUCAGAGGACCUUUUUACCAACGCACAGUCCUUCAUCCCCAAAUCUGCACCGCUCUCUGGUAACCAUGGCGACGGUGGUGGUUUUCUGUUGAAGGAGGACAACGGAGAAGGAGACGUGAGCGGUUUGAUAAACUCUGACGGAGAGGAAGAGGACUGGAGGCCGGCGCUCACUGAACAAGAUGGCCGCUCAGAGGCGCAGACAGGCAGCGGUGGCGACGGUAAAAGGAAGCACUGCUGUCCGGUGUGCGGUCGGGACUGCUUCAAAGCGUCAGCGCUGCAGAAACACCUGAGGAUCCACUCCGGCGAGCGUCCGUUCCAGUGCCCCACCUGCAGGAAGAGCUUCACCCAGCAGGUCCACAUGACGGAGCACCGGAGGAUCCACACCGGGGAGAAGCCCUACACCUGCACCGACUGCGGAAAGAGCUUCACCUUCUCCAGCGCUCUGCGCCGACACCAGCGGCUGCACACCGACGCUCGGCCGUACCAAUGCUCCGUCUGCCAGAAGACCUUCAAACAGCAGAGCUCGCUCAAGAGCCACCAGCUGACGCACUCGGGAAUCCGCUACCAGUGUCCGCUCUGCAGCAAGAGCUUCAGCCGCGCCCUGGAGCUCACCUACCACGUCGACGUGCACUCAGACGCCCGGCCGUACUUCUGCAACAUCUGCAAGAAGAACCUGAGCGGAGCCAGGAUCUUCCGCAACCACAUGAAGAAACACGAGUCAGUGAAAUCAUCGCCAACGCCAACGUCGCUGCCAUGAGAAGGACCCGAGGAUGCAGAGACAAUCUCAGAGGUUGGACAGCCCCCGAGUGUCCUUAGAGGACAGGUCCAUCAUGUUCCAAGUCUGUCUUAAAACAGGUCCAGUAUCCCUGUGGACAAACUGAGAGGACAUGCUCCACCGUUACUGCCACUGUCCCUCCACUGCAGCUCAGCAGAGACACACAUUAACAAGGACAGAUGAGGACCAUGGAGUCAGCUGGUCAAACGUCCUGGCCGUCCAUCACAGUGACUCCCUGCUCAUUUUCUCACCCAGAAAUCGAUCGCUUAUCGAUCAGUCAUCGAUCAUCGAUCAGUCAUCGAUCAGUCAUCGAUCAUCGAUCGGUCAUCGAUCAGUGAUCAGUCAUCGAUCGGUCAUCGAUCAGUGAUCAGUCAUCGAUCGGUCAUCGAUCAGUGAUCAGUCAUCACAACAAAAUCUUUGCUGUUAUUGUGAAAAUACUACGUUUUGAACAUCACCUCUGAUGUUUGAUGGAAACUGAACAGAUUCAUCAGCCACAUGUGACUGUGGUGUUUGUUGACACUGUCACCAUAUAAAGGUCAAAGGUCAGCCACAGAGCCCCCCCUCCCUCCCCCCCACAGCCUGCAGGGAGUCAGUGCCUUGCUCAAGGACACUUUCCAGGGUUGAUCAGUCAACCCAAAGACGGUUUGUGUUUACCCACAAGGCCGUUCUGCUGCUGCUGAGUGUGUCAGCGUCCGUAGGUGGAACCAGAGCGACUGAGAGUUUGUCAGUGACAGAUUCACUAAUUUAUCACAGAAACUCUGUGUUUGUAAAGUUAACUGUUCAGUAAAGUUCCUUCAAAGCUUC